AUGCCGAAGAAAUUCCUGUUUCAGGGAGGUGGGCAACGAAUGAAUUUUGAGGAAGCAGCCGAAAAAGUAAAGCGUCUCAAGCAACGGCCAACGGAUGAUGAAAUGUUGGAACUUUAUGGCCUGUACAAGCAGGCAACAAUGGGCGAUAAUACAACCAGCAAACCAUCUAUGCCGAAGGAAUUCCUGUUCCAGGGAGGCGGGCAACGAAUGAAUUUUGAGGAAGCAGCCGAGAAAGUAAAGCAUCUCAAGCAACGACCAACGGAUGAUGAAAUGCUGGAACUUUAUGGCCUGUACAAGCAGGCAACAAUGGGCGAUAAUACAACCAGCAAACCGUGGAUGAUCGACAUGAAAGGCCGCAUGAAAUGGGAUGCAUGGGAAAAAAGAAAAGGUUUUGCUUUUUUUUUAAUUUUUGUAUUUUUUUACUUCUUUCUAAUUUUUUUGUGGUUUUUGUACUUUUUUUGUAUUUUUUUACUUAUCCCUAAUUUGUGAAA